UCAAUUUCUUCGAAUUUGCAAUAGAUUCAAGUUGCCUGUGGAUAUAAUGCCAACAUUAAUCCUUCAAUAAAUCCGUCAUCUUUAUCUAAAAUCUAUUUUUAUAGUCAAAAAGGAUAUCAUGUUCCGAAAUACGUAUCAAAAGGGAUUCCUUUCAAUAUUUUACAGCUUAGGAAGUAAGCCAUUGUCGAUAUGGAAGACAAAUGUGCAAAAUGGUCACAUCAAGAGACUUCUCGACGAUGGCGUCCAGUCCAUUGCAUUGGAAAUAAUGGGUUCGAACGUUGCAACGACAUAUAUUACAACACCUAUCGACCCUAAACAGUCCUUGGGGAUAAAAUUGCCGUUUCUGGUAUUGCUAGUGAAAAAUAUGAGGAAAUUUUUCUCGUUCGAAGUUACGAUAUUGGACGACAAAAACAUGCAUCGUCGAUUUCGUGUUUCCAAUUAUCAGAGUACGACCCGGGUAAAGCCCUUUUCGACUAGUAUGCCUUUGGGCUUGUCUCCUGGCUGGAACCAGAUUCAAUUCAAUUUAGCCGAUUUUACACGGCGAGCCUAUGGUUCAAACUAUGUGGAAACUUGUCGAGUGCAGAUUCACGCCAACGUACGUAUUCGACGAAUUUACUUUACGGAUCGACUAUACACGGAAGAGGAGUUGCCACCGGAAUUCCGGAUAAUGACAUCACAAACCGAUGUACGAAGAGGUUCGGGAUUGCAAAAGAAAGAUAUCCGACCGGAGGCACGUCCUCCAACACCGGAAAAGGGUGAUCAUGGAACCAUCGAGAGGCCUCCUGAAGAAGGGAGAGAGGAUGAGAAGGAACCAAAAGUUUGUAUGGCUGCGUGUGCUACGGGGCAGUAUUGAAUCCAAGAUGUCGAAAAUAAAAUUCUGCUAAAUUCAAUGUGUACGGAAGCGUGACAUAUUUAUCUAUUUACGGGAAUGUAUUGUACCUGUAAGCGAUUUAUUGUAGAAUACAUUUUAUCUAGUCGUGCAA